GUUCACUCUAGGUUAGCCACAAAAUUACGAGCAGAGGAGCUUCUUGGAGGCACGAAAGAAGAGGGAGAAGUGAAGAUCAAGGAAGAUUUCGUCAUGGCAAGAUUUGAAUCCCUUCAUGGUGUGGAUCUGGAAAUCCGAUUUCUAAAAGGGGGACUCUCGACACAAUCGCCUCUUAGAUCGAUCUUCAAUUGAUUAGACUGCACAACACCUCAAGGAAAAAAUUCGUAGG